AUGGAGCAUGAUGGCAACUGCAAGGAGCCACUGGCAACCUGGUCAUCAUCUUCCGAUGAGAGCGGUUGCCUCUUAGGAGGCGGUAGCAAACACUGCCUCGACGAAGGCAAUGAAAGAAGAGGUAAUCCUAAUUCGCUUGCACACAGAGAUGGUCAAUCACCGCAAAGUCGUGUACCUGCUGCUGCCUGCUAUGUCUUGACAGGUCUUGUGAUAGUGACACUCCUGGCCCUCAACGUCGUCUUAGAUCUGCCCACAAAGGGCAACCUCAGAGGACGCAGCCCCUCUGGAGGGGAACAUCCUGUCAGUCCUCGAAAGUUUCUCGAGUCCGGACUUGUCUUGAAGGACGACGAGGUGAGCACUGCUGCUGUGCAGAAGGACAUCGUGGUUGGUGUCGGUGAGGGUGACAAGCCUACAGUCGUCACCGAUAGCUGUUUUUGGCACUCCUGCGGCAUGAAUACUGUCUGCAGACUAUCUGCAGAUGAUGUCUCAGUCGACGGUGACAAGACAGUCAACGCCACGAAUGCCAGCAACCUGGAGGAAUGUAAGCAGAAAUGUGAACAACUUGGCGAGGACAACUGCACCGGUGUCGAAUACAACCACAAGUCACACAGGUGCGAGCUUUGGACUCGUCCCAUUCUGUCGCAUCGCAGCUGCUUAACUGGCCACGACUGCCCGGAGGCAAACUUUUCGUGCCACACAAUGCAGUGCAAGGCUAUCGACCACCCAGUGCGCCUGCAAACCUCCGAGCGCAGCUUCCACGAUAGUUUUGGAAGGAGCAUCUCGAUCUCAGGUGACACUGUGGUAGUCGGCGCUCCAGGCGAUAAUGAUCGUGGCGACGACAGUGGGGCUGCUUACGUAUUUGUCCGCAAAGCGAACACUUUUGCGGAGCAGGCCAAACUUACCGCUGACGAUGGCUUUCGGAAUUCUUUCUUCGGCAACAGCGUUAGCAUUGCAGGUACAAGGAUUUUGGUGGGGGCAUACCGCGAUGGUUUGAAUGGGAAGAAGGACAGCGGCUCAGCGUACGUGUUUCGGAGAGAUUUGGACGUAUGGGAGCAGGAGGCGAAGCUGUCUCCAGAGGAUGCUGUGGAGAAUGAACGGUUUGGUUCGAGGGUCAGCCUUUUCGGAGACCUGGCUGUAAUCAUGUCGGCCGGGAAUGCCGCCAAGAAUGUGUCGGCGGCCAUCUAUCUCUUUCAUGUGAAAGGGAGAAGCUGGGUCCUCAAGGCCAAACUGGCAUCUCCCAAAACUUUGACGAAUACCUCCAAAUUCGGGUCCAGCCUCAGCCAGAGCGCCGACACCAUAAUGAUUGGCGCCGAAGAGGACGACGUGAACGGUAAGGCCAGUGGGGCGGUAUACGUAUACAGCUUCAACGGGACAAACUGGUCUCAACCCAUCAGGCUCGUAGCGAACGACACAGCGGCGGGAGAUCACUUCGGCUGCAGCGUUAGCUUGUCGGAGUCUGGUAAGACUUGCAUCGUCGGUGCUUAUGGUCAUCGUACCAAAGGAAAGGGCAGCGGUGCGGCGUACGUCUUCAAGCGGCAAGAGGGGCGAUGGGUGCAACAGCAGCAGCUGGCCUCUGAGGACCUUGAUGCAGACGACGGCUUCGGAAAAAGCGUCAGCACUUCUGAUUCCAUAGCCGCAAUCGGAGCGUUCGGCGACGAACACGGUGGAGUUGACCGAAGUGGUUCGGCGUACAUCUUCAUUUAUGCAGGCCGCAAGUGGGUGCAGCAGAGCAAGCUGGCGCCACAGCAGGCCAAGGCGGGUGCCGAGUUUGGCAGCGUCGCAAGCAUAUCUGGGCACAUGGCAACCUUCUCUACCAGCGCUGAGCAGGUGUUUGUUUUCCCGGCGUAUCUCACCCAGGCGGAAACUCCGAGCACAUGGCUCGUGGACGACGUGCUCGAGCUAGACCAGUCUUGGCGGGAGAAAACGACUUGUGCAAGGGAGCUACAAACGCAGUUGAACAAGCUGCAGAAGGACGUCAUCGCCGAGAAGAAGAAGCGUAAGCAAGCCUGCGAUGCGGAGCUCAAGCAAGCCGGCUUACUUCGAGAACAGCUAAAGGAGCUAGAGCUGCAAGCACUACAGUGUGAGACGAAGCGAGAUGCAGCGCUUGGCAAGCUUGGCAACUUUGUGGAUCUAUCCGUGCCGACUUCGCAGAGUGAAGUUGACAAUGAGGUCAUGAGCACGUGGCCGUCUGCGUCCCCAGAGGAGCAUCUCAGCCAUGAUUCUGGGAGGAGGCUUCUCAGCCAUGACGAUCUGCUAUGGCGUAUUGGCGGCUAUGACCCGGACCGCGGGUGCAAGGUUGCAGGAAGCCGGGGGUAUUUUCUUGAAGAUACAGGGGUUCUGCUGAGCCAAGCCCUGGUUAGCUAUGGGCUGGCCUUUCUUCGCGCCCGUGGGUAUCGAGCUGUGCAGCCGCCUUAUUUCAUGAGGAAGGACCUCAUGGCUGGAGUUGCUCAGCUGGAUGACUUUGACCAGCAGCUGUACAAAGUUACAAAAGGAGAGCCAGGAGAUGCCACAGAAGAGGUGGAGAAGUAUCUGAUCGCCACAUCGGAGCAGCCGCUGUGCGCUUUCCAUGCGAAAGAGGUGCUCAAUGCAGAAGCGCUUCCUUUGCGCUAUGCUGGAGUGUCCACUUGCUUUCGGACCGAGCUCGGCAAAGCUGGCAGGGAGAAUCGAGGAAUCUUCCGCGUGCAUCAGUUCGAGAAGGUGGAGCAGUUUUGUAUCACUGCUGGUGAUCCUGAGCUGUCGGGGGAGAUGCACUCGGAGAUGCUGCGCUGCGCGGAGGAAUUCUACCAAAGUUUGGAGAUUCCAUAUCGCGUUGUCAAAGUGGUGUCUGGAGAGCUGAACGAUGCCGCCACCAUGAAGUAUGACCUGGAGGGAUGGUUUGCAGGGCAGGGCCAGUACCGCGAGCUUGUCUCCUGCUCGAACUGCACCGACUUCCAGUCGAGAGCCCUUGACAUUCGAUACCGGCCGGCAGACUCUCAGGACAAGCAGCGUCUGCGCCACGUGCACAUGCUCAACUCGACGUUGACAGCUUCAGGCAGGUGCUUGUGUUGCAUGUUGGAAGCAUUCCAGACACCCGAUGGUGUUCGGAUUCCCAGCGUGCUUGUUCCGUUUACAGGAGGCAUUGACUUUCUGCCCUUUGUACGCGCACCUCGACAAGUCGGCACUGUUCCCAAGACUGGCGGGGAGGAGGCGCCGGUGACGGAGGGAGAGCCGAAGCCCAAAAGCCUCAGUCGCAUCCAGGAGCUUGAAGAAAAGCUCCUGCACAGUGCAAGCAAGAUUGCGGUGAUGGCUGCCCGACGCGAUGUUUCCCUGCGCAGCUUCUUCCCUCGAGUUCCAAGCCAAAUGGCGCCGCAAGGGUCGAAGCGUUUCGAUGCGGAGGGAAUGUUCAGGAUGAUUUACUUCAAUUACUGUAGAUAUUUGGACUCUGGACAGCGACGAUACAACAGCAACACCAGACAUUGUCACUGGGAUAGGUUCAGCAUGGGUGACGAGGGGAGCGACAUCGAGGAAAGUCAGGGCCAGCGUAAGGCCGAGGUGAUUCCAGAUGCAGUGGAUCAUUUCUUGGGAAGACUGCUUGACUCGAUCAAGUCCAGCAACAUUCCCGACAUCAACAGGCUCUACGAGACAGAUUUCAAUCAGCUCACCGAGAAAUACUACAACAAGACGAAGUGGCCAAGUGCCUAUGCCGUCGCAGACGCUCUCGGACAUGGGGAGGCUUUGUUCCUGAUUCUCUACAAGGAGCUUUACUACCGACAUAUCUACGCCAGACUGAACCCAGUCCUCUUUGAGGACAGAAUUGGUUCCUGGAAAAAUUACACCCAGCUCCUGGAUUUGAUGAUCGAGAACCUCUCGGAUGGAGAGGAUCUCGGGAUUGCGCUUCCGGCGCAAUGGCUGUGGGACAUCCUGGACGAGUUUGUGUACCACUAUCAGACAUACAGCACGUAUUGCCACAAGGCGGCCAAGCUGCAGAAGGAAGCAGAUGUCAAGCAGCUAGUUGACAACCCUGCUGUCUUCGAGACCACGAAGGUCCUCAGCUACUUGCACCAGCUUGUGCGCUACUCGUUGAUUGAGGAGUGGCUCGCCAAUCCAGAUGGAGGCAAUGGACAAGGUGCCGCCUUCACAGACGAGUCGACACGACUGAUCGGAUAUUUCGCCCUGAUGCAGCUGCUGCGAAUGCACAGCCUGCUCGGGGACUACCGCCUUGCAAUGGAGACGAUUGAGAACAUCGACUUCCGAGCAGAGGUGCCGCUGUUCUACAGAAUUCCGGCUUGCCAUGUCACAGUGUUUUACUACAUGGGCUUUGCGUACAUGAUGAUGCGCCGUUAUGUGGAUGCAUCCCGCACAUUCCAAGACAUUCUUGUCUUCCUGUCCAAAAUCUCCACAGUGAAUUCGCUGUCCUACCAGUAUGAUCAAAUGCUGAAGAAGCAGGAUCAGAUGUACGUCCUGCUGCUGAUCUGCAAUGCUCUUUGCCCCCAGCCGCUGGACGAAUCUCUCGAAAAGCCAAUCCGAGAAAAGCACGCAGAUAAGCAGAUGCGCUUGCAGCAGGGCAAUGAAGCUUGCUUCGAGGACUUGUUCUCCUACGCAUGUCCCAAGUUCGUUGCGGCCUCCAUGCCGGAUCUUGAGAAUCUGGAGAACUUUACAGCAAACGAAGCGCACCAGCGGCAGCUGACUCUCUUCCUACAAGAGGUGAGGCAGCAGCAAGCCCUCCCAACGAUUGGCUCUUACAUGAAGCUCUACACGUCUUUGCAGACCUCCAAGCUGGCCCAGCUGUGCGAGAUGGACGGAGAGGGUCUCCGUGACCAGCUGAUGUGCGUCAUGCACAAGACUCGACAGCUGGUGCAUCAGAGAGUUGGCACGCCGCUGGACGGUGAGCUGAACCCCUGUGGUGAAGUGGAGUUCUACCUGGACGGAGACAUGGUGCACAUCAACGCGCAGAAGCCGCAGCGACCACACGCCGAUGUUUUCCUGGAGCACAUCCGGAAGUUUCAGGACAUCCUGAAGCGAGCAGACAAGAUUGAGAAGCCAUCGAACUGA